GAGAGGAGAAAUUGGUCCAGCAUCCCAGAGCAACGGAGUAGCUGGCCAAGGACAGAAAAUGCUGUGAAAUCCGGUUCCCAAUAGCUUUGUCUUUCUUGCGAGAAAAAGCUAUUCGCGUAAAAUGGCAAGGAUUAUCAAAGGAUGUGCGUUCACAUGAAGAUUUGUCCAACUGUAGCAUGACUGUUUGUCUGUAAGGAAUGCCGACUAGUUUUUGCCAUCGGGGUUAACGCAGAAAAGCGGCAAGAUGAAGAAACAGUUCAAUCGAAUGCGACAGCUCGCUAACCAAACGGUGGGCAGGGCUGAGAAAACAGAAGUGUUAAGUGAUGACCUCCUACAGGUGGAGAAGCGUCUGGAGCUGGUGAAGCAGGUGUCCCACAGCACCCAUAAGAAGCUGACCGCCUGCCUGCAGGGACAGCAGGGGGUGGAGGUGGAGAAGAGGUCCGUCAGGUCGCCAUCUAAAAAGCUGCCAUUGACAACGCUAGCCCAAUGCAUGGUGGAGGGAGCUUCAGUGCUGGGCGACGAUUCGCUACUGGGGAAGAUGCUGAAGGUGUGUGGCGAGACGCAGGAGAAGCUGGCUCAGGAGCUCAUCCUGUUCGAGUUCCAGACCGAGAGGGACGUGGUGGAACCCCUCUACGAAUUAGCAGAGGUGGAAAUCCCAAACAUCCAGAAACAAAGGAAGCAUUUAGCCAAACUGGUUCUGGACAUGGACUCUGCUCGCACACGGUGGCAGCAGUCGUCCAAGUCGUCGGGUGUUUCUAGUGCCCAGCAGCACACAGGGGCCAAGGCCGACGCCCUCAGGGAAGAGAUGGAGGAGGCAGCCAAUCGCAUGGAGAUCUGUAGGGAUCAGUUGUCAGCAGACAUGUACAGUUUUGUGGCCAAAGAAAUCGACUAUGCAAACUACUUUCAAACGUUAAUAGAGUUGCAGUCUGAGUACCACCGGAAAUCUCUGGAGCUCCUGCAGACCAUCCUACCGCAGAUCAAAGCCUACCAGGAGGCGUGGGUGGACAAGCCGUGCUAUGGGAAGCCGCUGGAGGAGCACCUGUCUCUGAGCGGCCGAGACAUCGCCUUCCCCAUCGAGGCCUGCGUCACCAUGCUGCUCGAGUGUGGCAUGCAGGAGGAGGGCUUGUUCAGAGUGGCCCCCUCGGCGUCCAAGCUGAAGAAGCUGAAAGCGUCGUUAGACUGCGGCGUGUUAGACGUGCAGGAGUACUCCGCAGAUCCCCACGCCAUCGCAGGUGCUUUGAAAUCAUACCUCAGAGAACUUCCAGAGCCACUCAUGACCUAUGAACUCUACGACGAAUGGAUCCAAGCAUCCAAUAUUCAGGACCCCGACAAGAGGCUGCAGGCUCUGCUCUCUGCCUGUGAGAAGCUGCCCAAGGACAAUAGCAACAACUUCAAGUAUUUAAUCAAGUUUUUUGCCAAGCUAAAUGAGUACGAGGACGCUAAUAAGAUGACGCCGGGGAACAUUGCCAUCGUCCUGGGGCCCAACUUGCUCUGGAAUAACAACGACGGGAACAUUACGGAGAUGAUGACGACGGUGUCACUGCAGAUAGUCAGUCUCCUGGAGCCCAUCAUCCAGCACGCAGACUGGUUCUUCCCUGGAGAGAUGGAGUUCAAUGUGACGGGUAGCUACGGCAGCCCGGUGCACACCAACCACAACGCCAACUACAGCUCCAUGCCCUCGCCCGACAUGGAGCCCGCCGACCGCAAGCAGUCCGACCAGAGCCGACGCCCCCUCAGCGUCGCCACCGACAACAUGAUGCUAGAGUUCUACAAGAAGGAUGGUACGUUGAAGAACAAGGAACUCUCCCCAGUGAUUGGCCAGAAAGCCUUGCAGACGCCGCCAUCUAGUGGACACUCUCUCUGCUCGGAGCCAAGCCCACACACUCUACGUAAAGUGUCUAAAAAGCUGGCCCCCAUCCCCCCCAAGAGCCCAUUCCCCGCCUCGUCGGAACCGUCUCCGGGGCAACCGUCGCCCAUCAGCCUGUCGCCGACGCCCCCCAGCACGCCCUCGCCCUACAGCUUCAGCUACCCGCAGGGCUACGCCACCAUCGCCUCUCCUGCCCAGUGCCACGCCUACGCCCAGUCCCACUCCUCGCACUCCUCCUACGGGGGCCACUCCCAGGCCACCACGCCCCCCGCCACCUCCUCCACGUCCCUCUGCAUGGGCAUGGGCACGCUGCCCAAGUCGCACAGGCCCGCGCCCAAGCCCCGCCAGAGGCCCAGCCUGCCCCCGCCGCAGCCCCCCAGCACCCCGCCGGGGUCCAGCCCACAGCCCCUGGAGCACGGGGGCCUGCUGGAGGGCCUGUCGCCUGGAGAGAGCAUGUCCACAGACUCUUUCUGCAACCUGGACAUUCCUGCCAUCAACGUGGAGCUGGACGGCAUUCUGGACGUGGCCUAUGGCGCCCUCACCAGGCAGUCUGUGGUCAUGGCAGCUGUGGCACUGGAGGCCUCGGCCUCUACCAAGGCGGAGUCGGAGGAGGAUUCCGAGAGCACGGCAUUAUGACAUCACGACACCCUUACCCAAUCCCAAAGCCCCACGGUCUAGAACUAUCCCUUGUGAACCCAAGCACCAACACACCGCCUCCCUCCUUCACUCCCCAGAGACUACAAUAAUAAUGAGCCCCGAUGAUGAUCUUCGACACCUUUCCCUGUGCCAGACUGCACCAUACACUGCAUCUACGGAGGCCCAUAGUGCCCAAAAUAACUCCAUAUCAGGAUUCCCUGAAGACUAUCAAAUGACAUUAUCCGUAAACAGUAUAAAAGAUAAGUAUUGACAAGGAAUACAAAAGUCCCACAGUAGAAAACAGCAGUUAAAUGUUAUCAAAGGACACCAUUAUGACUUUUUGAAAUCAUCUCAGUGUUUUUUAUUUUAAUAUUGUUUUUUUUGUGUGUGUGUGACUAAUUGUUUUGCCUUACCCAUUUUGCCUUUUACUGAACCAUAUUCACAGAACAAAUGUGGGAAGAGAUUAAAUCAAGGCACUAGGUAUUAUU